GUGACGCUCAUAUCGAGAGAAAAAUGCAAAAGUUAAUUUUUCCUGCUGUUAGAUUUUUCCUUCUACUGCUGUGGUCUUCAAGUCAUGUGUAUUGUCAGGAAAAUAAAAAGAAAUUAAUGUGUGAGCCAAUAGAUGAUGACUAUCCUUUGGACACGCAAGCACAAGGUAGGCCUGGCAAAAGAGGCGCAGCGGGUCCUAAAGGAGAUAAAGGAGAAAAUGGAAUCCGUGGAGUAGUUGACUAUACUGAAAUGAAUCGUCGUAUCGACCAAGCUAUUGUCGACAUGGACGUAAAGUUUCAGAAGGAGAUAGCACAAUACAAGAAACAAAUAGAGAAAUAUGAGACAAAUACAAGACUAUUAAACUUAUUAAAAAAAGGUUUGUGUCCAGUUCUGCACAAUGAAAAAUGUUUUGUUCUAAUAACGGAUGAAUCUAGGAUGGAUCUGACACAGAGUCGUGAGAAGUGCCAAAGUCUGGAUGGACAACCAGCUAAUAUUUAUGAUCGCGAACAUUUUGAAAAAAUAGUUCCUCUACUUCGAGGGAAAAUAUUUAUAGGCCACACAUACACUCACAUUUGGACAGGAAUGACUGUCGAUACAAAGACUCGAAGAACGUAUCUAACCAGCGACAGAAAAGCACCCUACUCUCGUUGGUAUCCUGGACGACCAUACACUGUUACACUACCAUAUGUUGGUAUUCAUAUUGAUGCUAACCCAUCAUCACAGCAUCAGGGAAUAUUUGACGAAGUUCCAUCCUAUAAACUUCUCGGAGUGCUUUGUGAAAUCCAAGUGUAAACGCUGUAAAUCUAUAGUUUUCAAUCAAAGUACCACGAUAGUAAUGUAAUACAACUGGCAUCCCUCUUUUUUCGCUUACACCUCCGAAUUCGGCCACCUUUGUUAUCCUAAGGCUAAGCAUUUGUAAAACAUUGGACUAUUUAACGACGCAUAUACAAGUCAAUAUUGAAAAAUGUCUACAAUACAACAAGCAUAGUAAUGUGUUUAAUUUGUGGCUAUCAGAAAUAUGCAGUUGGCUGAAAUAAAGAGGUCUUCAGCAUAUACUUAGGCUACUGAAUGACAUAUAAUCACUU